AUGAUCACUGAAAAUGAGACCCACAGGCUCGAAGAUAUGAUAGUUGGCCGCACUACAAUCUUCUCGCCCGAAGGGAGGCUCUACCAGAUCGAAUAUGCCAUGGAGGCAAUCUCCCACGCAGGCACGGUUCUGGGAGUACUUGCAUCAGACGGUGUCGUACUCGCUGCCGAAAAGAAAGUAACUGGCAAGCUACUCGAUCUCAGUGUGACCAAAGAUGGUGGUUACGGUGGCAGCGGCGAGAAAAUCUACCUUCUGACAGAUAACGUGGUUGUCGGCGUCGCUGGCCUGACUGCAGAUGCCAAUUCGCUUGUCAAUUAUGCACGCACCGCGGCUCAACGUCACCUUUUUACAUUCAACGAAGACAUUCCGGUAGAGCAGCUUGCUCAGAGACUAUGCGAUCUGAAGCAGGGUUAUACACAAUACGGAGGCCUUCGUCCUUUCGGGGUUUCGUUGCUGUACGCAGGCUGGGAUCCCUACUAUCAGUUUCAACUGUAUCUCUCGGAUCCCUCGGGCAACUAUUCUGGCUGGAAGGCGACUUGCAUCGGAGCAAAUAACGGAACCGCUCAAUCAUUGCUGAAGCAAGAAUACAAGGAAGACAUCAAAGUGGAGGAUGCAAUCGGGCUGGUCAUGAAAGUCAUGAGCAAGACAAUGGAUAGUACAACUCUGGGCAGUGAGAAACUCGAAUUUGCGACCUUGACGCUCGACCCGACUACGAAAAAGCCCAAGGCGAAGAUUUACAGACCGGCAGAGGUCGACGCGCUCUUGCAAAAGCACGAUCUGGGCAAGAAGGAAGAUACAGAAAUGAAAACAUCGUGA